CCUAUACCAAGGCUCUGCGGAAGGCUUUGCAUCAUUUUUUCUCUAAAUUUUUCAAUGCCAUUUGAAACUGCUCAUAAGAGUAAGAUGAAAUAUUUUGUUGGAGCUAUCCUUUUUGCUUACUUUAUCGCAACACUUGCCAACUCUACAGUUAAACCGACGAAGGAAGCUCACUGCAAUGUGAAUAAUAACUACAACAGCUUCUACGCCGGACCAAACUGCAAGAAAAUCGAGCAACAACUGGAGGAAAUACGACAAGAAAUCAGGGCAUUGAGAGAAAAUAAAACUAAUGGGUCUGACAACGGAAAAGGUUUGUAACAACAACUUAAUAUGUACUAGAAAUGAGAAAAGUGGAUCCGUAUUGUCAUCAAUGUCUCUCUAAAAUACCAUCAAAACCGCUUGCAAAAUGUCGCUGAAAUAUUACAAGUAUUCUUAUUUUAUCUCUUAUUUUAUAAGUUCUUCAUAAGACUAUUUUCUCAACAAAUUAUUUAUGUCUACCUUGAAGAAUAACGCCUAUGAAAAAAAACGAAAACACAACAAAAAAAUAAUUAUUCAUUCAGAUGGUCAUUUUGUUUUCAGUUUACAAGAAUUGCGCUGAAGUCUACAAGUCCGGUGACAAGAUCAGUGGAGUGUAUAAAAUCAAUCCUGAUGGUCUGGGCGAAUUUGAAGUGUUCUGUGAUCACAAAACGGCCGGUGGAGGUUGGACGGUGUUUCAGAAGAGGCGAGAUGGCUCCGUUGAUUUCUUCCGCGCUUGGGAUAAUUACAAACGCGGCUUUGGUAAUCUGAACGGUGAGUUCUGGCUCGGUUUGGACGAGAUACAUCGUCUGACUGUAAGCGGUGGUUAUAAACUGCGUAUCGACUUGGAAGACAUUCAUGGAAAAACUGCAUUUGCCGAGUACAGCUCCUUUUCUGUGACAAGCGAGAGAGCGAAAUAUCAACUGAGUUUGGGAAGUUAUUCAGGUUAGUUAACUUCCAUCGACUAAAACAAGAAUCAGUCGGCAAAAAAAUUCUGCAAAACAACAAAAAUAAGAGUUGCAAAUGAAAAAUAUUAUAAGCCAUUUGUAGAUUAUUAUACUCAAUCGCAAUUGAUCGCAACUGUUGUAUAUAACGAUCAAUCGAUAUAUUUCAGUGAAAUAUAUCGAUAUAACGAUCAAUCGAUAUAUUUCAGUGAAAUAUAUCGAUUGAUUUAUAUAUAAACAGCAAUUAACCUUCUUUGCAAUAAUACUGAGAUCACAUCAAAAACGUGUAUAAUUUUAAUAUUAAUUUUUUGUUUCUUUCUUUUCUUUCUUUAUCUUUAUUUUUUUUUUUGCUGUUUCAUAUCCAAUACCAAAAUAUAAUGGCGUUCAUUACAACUGUCUGCCACCGAUCGAUUUUGCUUGGAUUGCGGUGUAAGCUUGGUCCUAUGAACGCUGCUGAGAGACAGUCCAUCAUAGGAGCUCAUGAUCAGUAGUUUCUGCAGACUUCAUCGCGGAGGUUCUGUAAACAGCUAUUACUUAUAUCUCCAAAGCUUCAAAGUCUAAAAAACUAAUUUUCCUUACAAUACAAAUUAAAUGAGGGGAACUCGCAUAAAAAGUCGGCUCACAUAGAGUUGCCAAAAUUUGUCAUCAAAGUCCUUUGAAAACAUUUAUGUAUGCUGCAGAGAAAAUUGAAGUGUGCUAUUAAAAGGACACUGUUUAACGUAAUGUUUUAGAGUCUUACUGGAUUUUCAGCCGCAACGCAAUCUCUACCAGUGAUACCAGUUUUGUGAUUUAGCUUAAGACACAUGACUCUGUAAUGUUCCUUAUUAGUCAAUUUUUAUUUCUAAUUGUUCAGAAGUGUUUCGUCUGAUCUACGAAAAUUAACGUGGAAAUUAUUGUUGCAGGAAGUCAAAUUUACAGGAUGCAAAAACUCUACGAAAAACUAACCGAACACCUAUAUUUCGCAUUUUUUUCUUUUGAUAGGUACCGCUGGUGAUUCCCUUAGUUAUCAUCGUGGUAUGCCAUUUUCCACCAAGGAUCGUGAUAAUGACAAGUACAGCGGAAACUGUGCCUUGAAUUAUAAAGGCGCCUGGUGGUACAACAGUUGUCACUACUCCAAUCUGAAUGGUCUGUACCUCAAUGGUAAAAACGACCCUAAAGGAAUGGACUGGCGCCUUUGGAAAAACACUUAUUACUCAGUCAAGAGGUCUGAGAUGAAGAUACGUCCAAAAGAUUUUUGAGACAUUUCUGGCCCUUUGUGUCAAGUGAAGCUUACGUCUCUGGAGGUCUUAACAUUUUAACAAUAGACAUUUGGCAUUAAAAAAAGUUAAAAUCAAGUCACCUUACUGUUAGAAAACUGCCAUGGAAAAACACUAGUUUCAUGCUUUCUGAGUAACUGUACUUCGAUGUAGUUUGUAAUAACCACACUGUAAAAGAGGCGCUUCAAUAAAACAUGGAUUACCUGAC